AUGCCCCAGGCGAAGCCCCGGGUUUCACAUGAUGACAUGGACCAUCAGCCUUUCGGAUAUGAUCUGAGUUUCAUUAAUGGUAUUGGUCUUCCGCAAUUCGACGGCUACCGUCCUCCGCCACCUCAACCGCCCGACCGACACCUGCUCAACCUCUCUGAGAAUUCCCAGCUCGCCGAUUUCUUCACCUCGUUCGAAACAACACAGACUCCCUUGCACAAUGGACAUGUCAAUCAAAGCUACCCGAUGGAACCAUUCAAUCACCAUGCUGGCUUCGUGGACAUGCCCCCGAAUUUCGUUGGCUCUGAAAGUAUUCUCAUGAAUGGCAAUGGACAAGAGGUUCACGAGUGGCAGAUGGAUCGCUUCAUGUUUCAAAAUGACAUGCCACACACCGACAUUCAUUCCAACCCCGGCCUGCAGCAGCCGAGCUUUGGCCCGCUCUCUCAACCGGGCUCGGCGUCGGCCCCUCUGGCUCCCGUAUAUUCAACCACUUACCAGCAGCCGCCCUUCCAGCCUCAGGGCCAGCCGCUUCAAACACCAGGCCGGGGUCCUCUUCCCAACUUCGGAUCCGAUGCGAACUUUCAAGCUAACGGUUUCAUAAACGUCCCAGAUCAAGCCAAUAACACAUUGCAGGAGGAGAUAUGGCUGUCCAGCAACCCCACUACAAGGCCGAAUACACAACCUUCGAGCCCAAACAUGAAUCGCAAACGGAAAUCAGAAGUCGAGCACUCAACUCAGCGUAAUGGGUUCGUGCCUUCCUCUCAUGACUUCAGUAGCCCAACUCAAGCAGGCCCGAGCCUGCACCCGUCACGCCUCUCACAUGUCAAGGCGGAGCCCGUUCAGGAGCCUACGCCACACUCCUCACUAGAGAACAACUCUAUACAAGAUGGUGAGUCCGAUGCUGACGCGGGUGCCGAAUCCGAUGUCGAGUAUGUUUCAAGACCUUCUUCGCCCCCCGCGCCUUCGUCGUCACGUCGAGUACAUUCAACCAAACCAUCGAGAUCACGACAAAAGGGAGCCUCAGGAAAGAAAUCUAAACCAAUAUCGAAGGCAACCGAAAGUCGUCCGAAAGCGUCCCGGAAUAACAGCCAACAAAAGCGGCAGCCACUGUCCCUCGACCAGAAGAAGGCGAAUCACACAAGUUCUGAACAGCGCCGACGCGAUGCUACUGCCAGAGCACAAGCCAGGCUCUUUGACCUUGUCCCUGCGGUCCGCAAUGCGUCACAGAAGCAAAGCACUGUGCAGAAGCUGUCCAAGGUGGUCGAAUUCAUGCCAAAGGUCGAGGCAGUGAGCAGCGCGAUCAAAGCAAGACUCGGGCUCACUGGUACUGCUCUCGGAUCGUUCGAUGCAUCUGGAAUAGGCUUAAGCAUGACAGAUGCAACAGAUGCUGCUGCUGCAGGUGCUUUGGCAGGCAUGGGUGCCAUGAACGGCACCGUACUGUUCGAUGGCAGCGGCGGCCCGCUUGGAAGAGGAGGCUAUUAA